AUGGCCGACUUUGACCUCAACUCAUCGUUCAUCCCGGCAUUGCACAAGCCGGCAGCACUCCUCCCCAUCGCAAAGCACCGGGAGUCACUGCUUUACCUCAUCGAGACCAAGCAAGUGACCAUCGUCGUUGGCCAGACGGGCUCCGGAAAGACUACCCAGAUUCCCCAGUUCCUCGAGGCAGCAGGAUGGUGCGCAGAUGGCAAAGUCAUUGGUAUCACACAGCCUCGCCGAGUCGCCGCGACGACUGUCGCCAUGCGAGUUGCCGAAGAGGUUGGCUGCGAAAUAGGCAAAGAGGUCGGCUACGCGAUCCGUUUCGAGGACGCAACGUCCGCCCAGACGCGCAUCAAGUUCAUGACCGACGGCUUGCUCAUCAGGGAGGCCCUCGUCGAUCCUCUUCUCACGCGGUACUCCGUCAUCAUGGUGGACGAAGCCCACGAGCGCUCCAUCAGCACCGACAUUCUUCUGGGACUGCUGAAGAAGAUCCUGAAGAAGCGGCCAGAGUUGCGCGUCAUCAUCAGCAGUGCCACCCUGCAAGCCGACGAAUUUCUGAAGUUCUUCACGACCAACCCGGGAGACGAAGGAAAAGAAACGAAGCGGUCAGCGGCGGAAACGGCAGACAAUGACACGAAAAUGCAGGCUGGCGACGACAAGUGCGCCAUUGCUGCCUUGGAGGGAAGGACGUUCCCUGUCGAUGUUCUGUAUCUCGAGUCACCAGCGGAAGACUAUGUCGAGAAGGCCAUUUCAACAGUCUUCGACAUCCACGAGAACGAGAAAGAGGGGGACAUCCUGGUGUUCCUUACCGGGCGCGAAGAGAUCGACAACGCCUGUCAAGCCGUCGCCGAUCGCCUCCUGGACAUGAAAUCGCAUGACCAGAAGCUACAGGCCCUGCCACUCUACGCGGGUUUGACAACGGAACAGCAGAUGUACGUCUUCGACAAGCCCCCCGAGGGCACGAGAAAGGUCGUCUUCGCAACCAACAUCGCCGAAGCCUCCAUCACCAUCGACGGCAUCGUCUACGUCGUCGACUGCGGCUUCGCCAAGCUCAGGGCGUACAACCCGCGGACGGGAAUCGAGGCCCUCACGUCGACCGCCAUCUCCAAGGCCUCGGCAAACCAACGCGCCGGCAGAGCAGGACGUACGAGGCCCGGCAAGUGCUUCCGUCUGUACACCGAAGAGGCCUUCCUGGGUCUCCCCGCGGUCACCGUUCCCGAGAUUCAACGGUCCAACCUGGCGCCCUUCAUUCUGCAGCUGAAAGCCCUCGGCAUCGACAACGUUCUACGGUUCAACUUCAUCAGCCCUCCGCCGUCAGAGCUGAUGGCCAAGGCUCUGGAACUACUCUACUCCCUCGGCGCACUGGACGAGUACGCCAAGCUCACCAAACCACUGGGCUACAGAAUGGCCGAGAUUGCCGUCGAGCCGAUGAUGGGCAAGACACUCCUGAGCGCCUCCUCCUUCGGAUGUCUCAGCGAGAUACUCACCAUCGCGGCCAUGACUUCCGCAGGCGGAAACAACGUCUGGUUCUACCACGACGGCGAACGCAAGGCGAUGGAGACCUCCCGGCGCCUGUUCGCCGCCGAGGAAGGCGACCACCUGACCCUCCUGAACGUCUACCAAGCCUUCGUCACAAAGGGCAAGAAGGAGUCCAAAUUCUGCCGCGACCACAACCUCAACUUCAAAACCAUGUCACGUGCGGUGAGCAUACGCGCGCAGCUGAAGCGGUACCUGGAGAAGUUCGGCAUCACGGUGGACGAGUCGCUCGCCGGUCGGCAGGGGCAGGACAACGCCAAAAAGGCGGAGCAGAUCCGGCGGUGCCUCACGGCGGGAUACUUCGCUCACGCGGCGAGGAUGCAGCCGGACGGCACGUUCCGCAACGUGUCGGGCGAGACGACGCUGCACGCGCACCCGACGUCGCUCAUGUUCAACCGCAAGGCUGACUGGGUCAUCUUCCACGAGGUCAUGGAGACCGGCACAAAGAUAUUCAUUCGAGACAUCACCAAGAUCGACAAGGGCUGGCUCGUGGAGUACGCGCCCGAGUUUUAUCAGGUCGUGGACAAUUCUGCGCCGGCGUCGAACACGCGAGGCUGA